CAUCCCGGCUGCUCUCCCCGGACUCUGCGCCACAUCGUGCUUCCCGCCCUUCUCCUUCAGCUUCGCGAGGGCCCGGCCGCCGCUCCGCCCCCCGGGGAUGCGCUGCUCGGCGGCCGCUCGUCGAAGCUGCGCGGCGGGCGGGGAGCGGAAUGGAGGUGGAGGAGGCGUUCCCGCUGGUGGGGCAGAUGGGCCCUUACCAGGUGUACCUGUGCGUCCUGCUGGCUGUGCUCCUCCAGCUCUAUGUGGCCACUGAAGCCAUCCUCAUUGCAUUGGUGGGUGCAACUCCUCCCUACCACUGGGAUCUCCAAGGGCUCUCAGCUAAUCAGAGCCAUGGCAACCAUUCAGUGAGCGAGCAGAGAGCUUUUGGGGAAUGGCUUCUGACUGCCAAUGGCAGCGAGGUGCAUAAGCACGUACACUUCAGCAGCAGCUUCACAUCCAUAGUCUCUGAGUGGUUUUUAAUUGGCAAUGCAUCAUACAAAGUCAGUGCUGCCAGUUCUUUCUACUUCAGUGGUGUGUUUGUUGGAGCCAUCUCCUUUGGCCAGCUGUCCGAUCGCUUUGGGAGGAAGAAAGUCUAUCUAACAGGUUUUGCACUUGACAUCUUGUUUGCCGUUGCAAAUGGAUUCUCACCCUCAUAUGAAUUCUUUGCCAUUUCCCGAUUCUUGGUAGGGAUGAUGAAUGGUGGGAUGUCACUGGUAGCCUUUGUUCUACUGAAUGAGUGUGUGGGUACAGCCUACUGGGCAUUAGCAGGUUCUGUUGGUGGCUUGUUCUUUGCUGUGGGAAUUGCCCAGUUUGCUUUAUUAGGGUAUUUCAUUCGUUCCUGGAGGACUCUUACUGUUGUGGUUAAUCUGGAAGGAGCAGUCGUCUUUCUCCUCUCUCUAUUCAUUCCCGAGUCUCCCCGCUGGCUCUAUUCCCAGGGCCGUCUGAACGAGGCAGAAGAUGCCCUCUACAUCAUUGCAAAGAGGAACCGCAAGCAGAAAUGCACUUUUUCAUUGAAACUCCCAGCAGAAAGGAGCUCCAGAGAGGCUGGCAGCUUUCUGGACCUGUUCCGAUACAGGAUUCUCCUGGGACGCACCUUGAUCAUGAUGUUCACCUGGUUUGUGUGCAGCUUGGUUUACUAUGGUCUUACCCUUAAUGUGGGUGACUUAGGCGGAAGUAUUUAUGCUAAUUUAGCCCUGUCAGGCUUGAUAGAAAUCCCAGCGUACCCAAUCUGUAUUUACUUGAUUAACCAAAAAUGGUUUGGUCGGAAGCGAACGUUGAGUGCAUUUCUGUUCCUGGGAGGAUUGGCUUGUCUUACUGCCCUGUUUCUGCCUAAGAAGAGAGAUACUGGAGUGUUUGCAGUGGUGAAUAGUCGCUCUCUGUCUUUGCUGGGAAAACUGGCAAUCAGUGCUGCUUUUAACAUUGUCUAUAUAUACACAUCAGAACUUUACCCCACGGUCAUAAGGAAUGUUGGAAUGGGUGCCUGCUCCAUGUUUUCUCGUGUUGGUGGAAUCAUUGCGCCUUUUGUCCCUUCAUUGAAAUCUUUACAGUGGUCUCUGCCUUACAUUGUGUUUGGAGCAACUGGUCUGUUGUCUGGGCUCUUAAGCUUAUUGUUGCCAGAGACCUUAAACAGCCCUUUGCUAGAAACUAUUUCAGACCUGCAGGUGUGCUCCUACUGGAGGCUGAGUGAUGAAGCUAUGGCACUGCAAGCCCUAGAUGACUCACAGUCUGGAUACAAAGACAGCUCUACAGGGAGUGGAAGUGAAGAUGAGGAGUUCUAUGAUGCUGAUGAAGAGACUCAUAUGAUCAAGUAAUGAAGAGAAGAAACACUGAUCUA